AUGUACUUCACAGAGCAACCAGCGAAGGAAGCCAUAAAUACUUUCCGCCACAAACUAGAUGAGGUGACCAACAUCAUCAAGAGCCGGAAUGAGAAAUUAACGGUUGAGGAUUCAGUUAUUGACAAAGUUGAUGGUUUCUUUGAGUCCUGGAAAGACAUUGCCGAUUUUAAAGAGAUAUUGGUGCAUUACAAUAUCAAGAACACUCUAAUAGGGAACGUGAUGCGAGACUGGAAUAAGGAUUACAUGUUUGGCUAUCAGUUUUUGAACGGCUGCAAUCCUGUCAUGAUCAGGAAGUGCAUGAAACUUCCAGACAAAUUUCCAGUCACACAUGAGAUGGUUAAGGGCUGUCUGAAGAAAGGAAGCACACUCCGAGAGGAAUUACAGGCAGGAAACGUCUACAUAGUGGAUUAUGAAAUACUGAAGGGAGUGCCAGCAGCCAGCAGCGAGCGCCAUUUGACUGCACCCAUUUGCCUACUGUACAAGAAUGAAUUGGACCAAAUUGUGCCAGUUGCCAUUCAGGUAUCUCUCAGUCAAACCCCAGGGGCAAUGAGCCCAAUCUUUCUCCCAAGCGAUAAUACGCAUAUCUGGAUGCUGGCCAAGAUGUGGGUGAAAUCUUCUGACUUCCAUGUACACCAGCUGGUCACACACCUUCUCAAGACACAUCUGGUGUCAGAGGUUUUUGAACUGGCCAUGUACAGACAGCUCGCUGCAGUCCAUCCAGUAUACAAGUUACUGAUGCCUCAUGUUCGUUUUACAAUUGCAAUCAAUGCAGAGGCCCGAGAAAAGCUCAUCGGUGAAGACGGGAUCUUCACCAAGGUUAGUAGCAUCAAUGGAGCUGGGAUGGGGAAACUGAUACAAAAUGCCAUGAAGACUUUAACCUACAAGUCUCUGUGCUUCCCUGAGGACAUAAAAGCUCGAGGAAUGGAAGAUGUGCCCAACUAUUAUUACAGAGAUGAUGGCAUGAGGAUCUGGGAGGCAAUACACUGCUUUGUUUCUGCUGUGGUCAAGAUCUACUAUGAUAGCGAUGAGGCGGUUCAAAAAGAUGUGGAGAUUCAAGAGUUUGUUAAGGAUGUUGCCUGCUUUGGCAUGAAUAACUCUGACAACUUUCCAAAGUCUCUUACUUCUCGAGAGCAGUUGGUCGAGUAUCUGACUGCCGUGAUAUUCACAGCUUCAGCACAACAUGCUGCUGUCAACUUUGGACAGUUUGACUGGUAUGGCUGGAUCCCCAAUGGUCCUUCCACCAUGCGCAAGCCGCCCCCCCAACAGAAGGGCCAGGUGGAUAUGAAGUAUAUCAUGGAGAGUCUGCCUGACCGCAGAAGUUCCAGCGAGGUUUUAGGAACAGUUUGGGCCCUCAGUCAGACCCAGAAAAAUGAG